AUGGAGACUAGCUUAUCCUUACACCCGGUGACGGAGGUAGAAAAGGAGCGGGACACCCAAUUUCGUGAACGGUUCCGAGGCUUUUGGAUGAAGAGUAUGGCCGAGGGCUUUGGGGAAGAGCUUUCUCAGCUUCAAAAGGAGCCUGAUAUGACCAAGCCUAAACUCGCCAUGCUCAUUGAUGCCCUGGCCGGGGGGACGGGAAUUUAUCUCCCAGAAAAUGGAGCCGAAGGAACAAGCUCCGGAGUCAGUGAAGUAGAGAUGCUGCUCGGGGUCAAAAGAUGA